AUGGCGCGGUGCGUCAAAGAAAAGGAAGUGAGAGAUGCAGAAUGUGAGAUGUAACAGCAGUCACUAUGUUUCUCACGAACAGAUGAGAAUUAUCCCGCCGGAUGUAUCCCUGUGAUCAAACAGGAUGAGUGUGAAGGCCUUUGAACUCGUGCCCGCCAUUGAGCGGGUGAAACUGAUGUCGGACAAGGCGAAGACACAGAUUGAGUGUAUUGAACUAUGUGGGAAGAACCUUUACAUUGGAACCAAUGACUGCUUUGUGAUACAUUAUGUCCUUGAAGAGAAAACCAGUCAGUCUGGAAAAGUUGUGUAUGGCAGUGAAAAACAGGGCCACAAGUAUUUGACACUGAAAAAACCAAUUAGCCAGCUGAAGGCUGCCCCUGCCCUGAACAGAAUAAUGGUGCUGUGUGACUCUACACUGACCCUUCUGAACAUGUUUGACCUUGAGCCAAUCCUGACAGGUGCCAAGAUCAAGGGUGUGGUUUAUUUCUGUCUCAACGAGAACCCUGUACACUCCAAUCCAUUCAGUGUAGAGGUAUGCGUGGCACUGAAGAAGAGGCAGAUCCAACUGUACACAGUGACAGAGGAUAAGAUCAUCCAUACGCGGGACAUUUCUUUACCAGAGCCUGCUCUCAUUCUGAGUAUGGAUGGAGUGUUUGUAUGUGCUGCCUUGACCUCCCAGUAUUGUAUGAUUAACUAUGAGAGUAACAAUGUCCAAGAUCUCUUCCCACUGGAGAAUGAACACACAAAAGCUAUCAUCAAGAGGAUCAGUAAGGAGGAGUUUCUGUUAAGUGGUCCCAGUGCUCUUGGCAUGUUCGUCACAUCUGCAGGGAUAUCCCAGAGGCCUCCUCUACAGUGGAACAACAAUCUGAUAGGUGUGACAUUCGUCCAUCCCUAUAUCGUCUCCAUGAAUGAUGAGUUCAUAUCCGUUCACAGUAUUUUAGAUCAGCAGCAGAAACAAAGCAUACCAUUUCAAGGUGGUUCAUACCUAGGCGAGUAUGAUGGGAAGAUUUUUGUGUCGUCUGCCAAAGAGAUAUACAGCCUUGUUCCUGUAGCCUGGGAAAAACAGAUCCAGUCCCUUCUGGCAGACAAGAGAGUAGCUGAGGCUUUAGAGCUCACCAAGAAUGCUAAGAAGACUGGGCUGAGCCGAGAGAAGUUUAUGAGAUUGUUUCGUCGCAUCCAGCAGCAGGCGGCAUUCAUUGAAUUCAGUCAGCAGCACUUUGAGGAGGCCAGAGAGCUGUUUAAAGGCGGCCAAAUUGAUGUCAGAGAGGUACUCAGCCUUUACCCCAAAAUGCUGCCUUCCUCUUCUAACUUUGCCCGGGCUGUUCCCCCUCUCCAUGACAUCGCUGACCUCAAUCAGCUGACCAAAGGUGACAUAGAGGUCAUGAAGGAAUACAAAUACUUCCUUAGGUCCUAUUUGGAGGAGAUCCGUGGAACAAGAGAAGGCAUGGGAUUUAAACAGGAGAUAGAUGGAGCACUUCUGAAGUUGUAUGCAGAGGUUAACUCCCCUGAACUAAUCCCCCUGAUCGCCAUUGACUCUGGCUGUGACCUCAAGGACUGUACAGAGGUGCUAGAGCAGUACCACAGGUAUCACGCCCUCGGCCUGCUCUACAAGUUCCACGGGGAGAAUGACAAAGCUCUGCACACAUGGAGCAGGCUUGUUAAUGGCGAGAUUGAGGAUGAGUCCUUCCCAGGGUUUGAGUUUGUUGUGGAGUUUCUGGCAAAUUUAAGUGAUCAUGAGUUGAUAUGGAAGUAUGUGGACUGGGCUUUGGAGAAGGAUGAAGACAUUGGAGUGAAGAUUUUCACGGAACGUCCUGCGUCAGAAGCUCAGACAGAGAGAUUGCGGCCUGACACUGUUGUCGACUAUCUACACAAAUUCCCAAAGGCUGUCAUUUCUUACCUGGAGUAUCUUGUCUUUCAGAAAAAACUUGAGAAGGAAAAGUACCACACCCACCUGGCUGUGCUGUACCUAGAUGCUGUGCUCAAACUGCUUAAGGACCCCAGUGCAAAGAAAGAGGACCAAGACAUUGCCAGAUCGAAGCUACGUCACAUGUUACAAAUGUCCAACUUGUACCGAGUUCAGUUGAUCUUGGGAAAGGUUCGAGAGACUGAUAUGUAUGCAGAGUGUGCCAUACUCUACGGAAAGCUGGAAGAACAUGAUAAGGCAUUGAGGAUUUUAGUUCACAAACUUAAAGAUUAUGGUGGUGCUGAAAACUAUUGUUUGGUGAAUUCCCACGGCAAAGAACAUUCCUACAGAAAGCGACUGUUCCAUAUAUUAUUGAAUGUGUACUUAGAUCCUAACUAUGAAAGGCGAGAUGUACUGUUAGGCCCAGCGGUGGCUCUGUUAAAUAGUAAUGAGUCAGACUUUGAUACUGUUAAGGUGUUGCAGGCGUUACCUGACUCCUGGUCUGUAGGUCUUCUCUCCCAGUUUUUAUCACGGGCCACCCGUAAGAGUAUGAACCACUCAAGGACAACUCGGAUAGAACGUAUGUUAGCUAGGGGAGAGAAUUUACAGGUCAAGCAGGCAUCUAUUCAGCUACAGAGCGAUCCUGUCGUCCUGACGGAGGAACAAAUGUGUGCAGUGUGUAACCGAGCUUUCAGUGAGACCACGUUUGUGCGUUAUCCAAAUGGAGUUGUGACUCAUGUACAUUGUGCCAAAAACAAACAUGUCUGCCCAGUGACUGGCAAACUGUUCAGCACCAAAAAAUCCUGACGGCCUGAUUGGUUGUUAAGUGGCAGCUGGUCUGUGUCAGGAGAAAUGUGACAAAGUGAAUACAUGUAUAUGUUUCAGUGUUUGUGCAAUCUUCAUCUGAUUGAUUUUGGAAUCCCAAGAUUGAUCUAGCAGCUGUAAAUUAUGUUUGCAAUAAAUCUUGUUUGGAGCUUUUGAAAUGUCGUGAAGUCGAAAACAUGCCAAUCUGGGACAAGCCAUGACAGUCUUCAUGUCACACUGUCUUCAUGUUUGUUUUAUCACUGUCCAAAUUUUAGCCUGCUUUUUGAAUAGUCCAUUUUUCUUAGUCUUUUUUUAUAUCUAUUACAAAUGAAUAAAAGGGAUUUUGUUUUCACUUAAUCCUGUCAUAGUGGAAGAUAAAUAGCAUUAUAAAAGUUAUAGCAUUAUUUCCAUGAUUUAUGUGUAGAUAUGUAUUUGUUAUUUAUAAAGUGUAAAAUUGUCGGUUGAAACAAAUAGUUUACACUACACUUUUAUUACCACAUGGGUGGGUAUAUUGACCUGUGAGUCAAAUCUUAUCACACAUUAUUGAAACAAAACUGUUGAUACAGAUAAAUAAUUGAAUUAAACUACAGUCAAGAUUGAAUACCACAGAAAUUGUUCUGAUGACAAGUAAAAAUAAUUGGUUUCAACAGUGAUAGAUGAAAAAGAUUCACCUUGUCUUGUAAGUUGAUAAUCAUUUUCCCUUCUAACAGUAUUUACAGUGAUCAAGUAUCACUGCACAAUAUCCCUUGUUGUGCAGAUCUUGGCUAAUUGGUUCAAACACUUGUUAUUCAGUCACUAAGACAAUCGAGGUACAGGUUCAAUCCCAGUCUUGGAUACAAAAGUUUUUGAUUCUUAACUGUCACUGUUCACAGGUGUCAAUAUGUGGUCGACGACAUUCGUAUUGUUAUCUAACAUUAGCUGACCACUUAUCUUUCACCAGUGUGGUGAGCAUAUCUGAAUGGGAAAUUUCUUCAAUAGUUUGCCAAAGGUUUGUGACUUAUUCUUGGCAUUCAGGUUUCCUUCCUCGAUUAAACAAACUGCCAUCGUACAAAUGAAGAAAAAAUUCUUGAGCUUGGCGUUAAAUAACAAUGAUAUAUAUAUAUCAAAUGCAUAAAUACUUCCGGUUUUAUCCUCUAUAAUGGUGCCAUGUCCUGUAUGUACCUUCGGACAAGUUUCAUCAUUUGUCAGCCAGUGAGAAAGUAUAUUUUGUUUAUUGAUUGUCAUUGAUUUUAGAUCCAAAUAGCAAUAGGGCAAUUAUGUAUGUCAAUGGCAGUUGGAAUUUGUUGGCAGCAGCAGCAUAUGAUUUGGAAACAUGCGUUUUCAUUAAAAAAAAAACAACAUGUGUUACAAUUAUACUUCACAGCUUUGUCUGUUUAGGAUAUUUACAGAAUUUAAGUUAAGUAUUGUUACUGAUACAUUCUGAUAUAAUCAGAAAGCAGAUUUGCAUAAUAUUAGUACAUGUACAUGUAUGUUGAUUUUAUGGUUACAGAAUGAGCUGUGAAUAAUUGUUAAGAGAUAGAAUCGUGAGAUUAUGACACUGUGCUUGAUCCAGGAUAAGCGACUGUUGAAUGUGUGAAUGUGGGAUUUAGAAUAAAGAAGAUGUUUCAUUACCUGGGCAUUUAGAAUGGCUGUGGAAAUGAAACACUACUACACUUGUUCUUUUUUUAUUGUAUUUUAUUUAUUAGAAAAUUUCACUUAUCUUUUGGAUGAUAAAAGAAAAAGAGCAUGCUAUAUUAUACAAAAUAAUACCUCAGCUGAAAGAAAACUGAACUAUUGUGAAAGAAGGGGGGUGAGGAAUUAGCUGAAGUAACCUCUCUCAUCAUCAGAUGAAAUACAGCGGUGAUCAACCCAUUGUUAAUAGUAACCUCUUACAAUACAUGUACCACACACUUAGAAUACAGUGCAAUAUACUGUAAAUCAUCAACCCUUUCAACCGCUAAUACACUUUUUGUAAUGAAAUUUAUGAAUACACUUAUUGUGAAAAUGAUACUAAAAUGAUUUGCCUGUGUCACUGAAGGUGUAGGCGUCAUAAAAUUGUGCCAGUUAUUUCUCUACACCCUUUUAUUCUAUCAGAAUGCUUCAAAAUAUUGGGUGAUGAGUUCAAAGAAUUAGGGUAUAUGAAGCUUAUAUGUGAUCAUGGUCAAGCAGUUGGGUAAGCAAUAAAAAUUAGAUUGGCUUACAGGUGAUAGUUUCUGGUUACAGUUUGGAACUGAACGAUUUUUG